UCCACUGUGGCGAGCACUCAUUACACGGUGCCUGCAAGCCAACCAGACAGGUGUGGGGGGGACGUCAAGAUGGGACUCAACAUCCCCCACACCUGUGGGAUGAAUUCCAGCAUGUGAAUCCAUGCCCACAGUUGCAGAGGCAUUCCUGAGCAAAGGAGCCAUGUGUGAGCUACAUUUUGCACUGUUGUUUUCGUAUUUGUUGAACAGUCAUUUCUAGAGUCUGCCCCAGCCCAGCAUCUCUGCAAAGGAGGGGUCCCCUCAGGAUCCCUGAAGGGUGGAUCAAUACUCUGGGCAAGUGCAGAACCAACAACCUGCUACACAAUUAGCCCAACCUGCAAAGAAUUAUGCUGGCAUCCUGCCCCCUGGCCACUACGACCUGGCCAGGUCCAGUCCAGCUCUUCAGCAAGACACUCUGCACUCCCCAGGCAGCCAGUAACACCUCCCAGGGCUUCAGAGACAUUAGAGUACCCAUCUCUGGGCUGCGCUGGCUCUUCCUUCCCUCCAGUCUACUGAUGGUGGCCACACUGGCCCUGAGCCCCCUGAUGCUGGUGACCAUCCUGCGGAGCCAGAGGCUGAGGCAUCAGCCCCAGUACCUGCUGCUGGCCAACAUCCUGGUCUCAGAUCUUGCCUACAUUUUCUUGCAUACACUCAUCUCCUCCAGCAACCUGAGUGGCUGGGAGCUGGGCCGCAUCGUCUGCGGCAUCCUAAGGGAUGCUGUCUUUGCUUCCUAUACUAGCACCAUCCUGUCCUUCACAGCCACCGUGCUGCACACCUACCUGGCUGUUACUCAUCCUCUGCGCUACCUCUCCUUUGUGUCUGGCAGAGCUACCAGGAAGACAGUGGCCCUCAUCUGGCUGGUGGCCUGCAUCUUCCCCACAUUUCUCCUUUGGUUUAGCAAGCAGCAGGAUGCCAGUCUGGAGAAACAAGACACCUCCUGCAUCCUGCCACUAGGCCUGGGCACUGAGCAGAGCCGUGGCACCUUGGUCACUGUCAUCCACACCUCCAUAGUGUGCAUUCUCUUUCUGUGCACAGCUCUCAUUAUCUACUGCUUCUGGAAGAUUUAUGCAGAGGUCAGGCCUUCAGGCAUCUGCACACAAGGCUAUUCCCGGGCCAGGGGUACCCUGCUAAUCCACAUGGUGCUGAUCACACUGUAUGUAGGCACAGGGGUGGUAUUCUCCCUGGACAUCAUGCUGACCAAGUACCACCACAUUGGUUCCAGCACCCAUGCAUGGCUCCUGGCAGCCAACAGUGAGGUGCUCAUGAUGCUGCCCCGUGCCAUGCUCCCAUACCUGUACAUGGUUCGCUACCGCCAGCUGCUAGGGGUGGUCCGAAACCACUUCUCACCCAGGAGGCAUGGAGACAUUUUUACCAUUUUCCAGAACUACAAGGUCCACAAUCUUGCAGGCUAG